AUUUAACUUUAUCUCUUAUCUACAAAUGAACUACGAUACAUUUAACCUAAAAAUUGUAAUUUGAUCUACAAAUUCUAAAAUGUUCUGUAGCUAAUUUUCGUUUACGUGUUGUCAUCUCUAAUGUGAAUGUCAAAAGCUACACUUAAAAAUCAAAUCGUUGAUUUCUACAUAGAGGAAUGCCAAAAAAUCAAAUCACUUGCACUUUUUUUGUGAUUUAUUUUUUCAGUAGAUUGUAAGUUAUGAGUGAUCCCAAGGAGUCCCUUAGCUCAUUUGUGGAAAAAAACCCUAAAGAAAAUGAGUUUGAUAAAAUAUUGGGAAGAAAUGUUCUUGUGGCACCAACUGAGGAACAGUUUGAACUUUUGUUAAAAAGGUUGAAACAACAACUUGGAGAAGGAAGGGGGGAAGUGAUUUUGGAGGUUGGUUUAUCUGAUGAUGGCAGUGAAAAUGGUUUGCUAAAUGAUGAACUUGAAGCGGCAGUUGCCACUUUACAGUCUCUGGCAAACACUUUAAAUUGCAGCUGUGUCAGGCUAAGGGAGCGUAAGGACCUAAGAGGCAUUGUUGCACAAUAUUUGAUAAGGAGAGUUCUUGACCAAAGUGACUUCCUUGAAAUCAGAGUGGCAGUCGUUGGUAACGUAGAUGCUGGAAAAUCCACGUUAUUGGGAGUAUUAACGCACGGCGAGCUCGACAAUGGCAGAGGGACAGCGCGACAAAAACUGUUCCGGCAUAAGCACGAGAUGGAAUCGGGCCGAACGAGCUCUGUCGGCAAUGAUAUUCUGGGAUUUGAUGGAGAAGGCAAUGUUGUCAAUAAACCAGAACAUGGCUCUUUAGAUUGGGUUAAAAUAUGCGAGAGGAGCUCCAAAGUGAUAACAUUUAUCGAUCUGGCUGGUCAUGAGAGAUACUUAAAAACCACAGUGUUUGGAAUGACUGGGCAUGCGCCCGAUUUUGGGAUGUUAAUGGUUGGUGCCAAUGCUGGUAUAAUAGGAAUGACAAAGGAGCAUUUAGGUUUGGCUUUGGCAUUAUCAGUUCCAGUUUUUGUUGUAGUGACAAAAAUUGACAUGUGUCCUGCAAAUGUCCUGCAAGAUAACCUUAAAAUGUUAAUAAGGAUUCUUAAGAGUCCAGGUUGCAGAAAGGUGCCAGUUAUGGUGAAGACCACUGAUGAUGUGGUAUUGAGUGCUACAAAUUUUGUCUCUGAAAGGUUGUGCCCUAUUUUUCAAGUUUCAAACGUUAAUGGUGAAAAUUUAGAUUUAUUAAAAAUUUUCCUAAAUUUAUUGACCACGCGAAUGGAGUAUCACGAAAAUGAACCUGCUGAGUUUCAAAUAGAUGAUACCUAUUCAGUUCCUGGCGUGGGCACGGUAGUCUCGGGCACAACGCUUAAGGGCGUGAUCCGGCUGAACGACACGCUGAUGCUCGGGCCCGACCCCUUGGGCAGCUUCCAGCCGAUCGCUGUCAAAAGCAUUCAUCGCAAGAGAAUGGCGGUGCGGGAGGUGCGCGCCGGCCAAACGGCCAGUUUCGCAUUGAAAAAGAUUAAACGCAGCCACAUCCGCAAGGGCAUGGUGAUGGUGUCGCCGGCGCUGAACCCUCAGGCGUGCUGGGAGUUCGAGGGCGAGAUCCUGGUCUUGCAUCAUCCUACCACCAUCAGUUCGCGCUACCAAGCUAUGGUUCACUGCGGCAGCAUCCGGCAAACGGCUAGCAUCUUGUCGAUGUCAAAGGACUGCCUGCGUACGGGCGACAAGGCGCUCAUCCAUUUUCGCUUUAUCAAGCAUCCCGAAUACAUGACACCCGGUCAGCGAAUGGUGUUCCGCGAGGGUCGAACGAAAGCGGUGGGCAACGUGGUGCGGAUUAUAACGCAGUCAAGUCCUUCGCACCAGGGUAACAGGGCCAAGCAGCAGAAACAGCAGAGAUACGGAUCUGGAAAUCAUCAGCAGCAGCAACAGCAGAAAAGCGGAGCAGCUGCCGAAAAUAGGCAGGAUUUACAGCAAGAGUUCCCUGAAAUCAGUGGCGCAGCAACUGGGGAAUGCACCACCUUUGAAGGUAGUACAGAUAAGCGCGAGUCGGCUGCGCAGAAGAUGGGCCCCAAAAAGGGGCGUAGCCGGAGGGGUGGAAGGGGCAGAUCAAACAACAAUAAUGCGAAUUCCGGUUUGCAAAAGCAAUUGGCAGAGGUCGCUAACAUCACGAGCAACAUGCCACGCAACACCACCAAGGUUUAAGUCGUCCAAAAAUUCCUACAAAAGUUUGGAGAAUUUGGGGUCAGAGGGGAUAAUAUUUAUCUUAAUUAUUUGUUUACGUAAUUUAUACGUAAUGUACCCAUUUUACAGAUUUCUAUCCCUGGAGCACUAUUUUGUUAAUUAUUAACUAUCAUCAACAAAUAAUUUUGAUAGUACAAAUCUUCCUUUGUUUUUACUUUGUGAUUAAUUUUGUGUUCUGCGAUUAUUUCAUCCAUAGUAGAUACAUUAUUUGAUACAUUUUAUUAAUUGACCUUUUUUAAAGAUUUAUUUUAAUUUUUUUAUAGAAAUACAUAGUAUAUUAAAAUUGGUGUUUUAUUUACUAAUCAAAACAACAGUUUCAGUUAUAUUUUUAUUGUUCAUACUUUACCAAUCCAUUGAUAUAAAUUUAUUUCAAUAUUUAUCAAAAAGAAUCCAGUAAAUUUAUAUUUUAAAAAUAAUCCAAAUCAUAAUAUCAUAAACCAUCAUUGUAGGCAAAAGUUCUAUGCAUGUAUGCAAAAUGUAAGAAAAUUAAAUAAAGAAUAUUUGACAAAGAAAUUAUAGUGCAAAUUAGCAAUCUGGCAGCAGGUAUUGGUAUGGUAUAAAGAAAAACUAAGGCCAUUCUUAAAGUCGAAAGACCGCCAAAAAAUAUGAGACAUAUAAAAAAGAAAAAGUUGCUUCUUUCUUGAAAACAAAUAUAAGAAGCUAAAAGGGUUAGUAUGUGGCCAUAAAAUGAGUAUCCUAUUAAAGAAACCGUUUCGAAAGGAGUUAUACUAGAUCUACCUAAUUUUGUAAGUAUAAAACAGAGUAAAGGCAUUAAAAAAGCAAAGGCACACAUACUUUCGGUAGGUGAAUAAUAAAUUUGAUACAUUUUAUAUGAAAAUCCAUAAUUUAAAAAAGCUGUAAGUAGAAGAAAUCCUAAAAAGGGGCCCAAUAAAUCUACAUAAACCUUUUGAUAUCCUUUUGUAAAAGGAGGAACAAAUGAAGCAAGAAUUCUUAAAACUACAUCAUUGGGAUUAACUAUAAACAAAUUUUUGAGAUUUUGGCGGGCGUUAGUCUUUAUAUUUCGUUCCGGAGAACCAAUAAAAAUUACUGAACUUGAAGACAUCUUACUUCAUUUUUCUUUUAAUUUCUUCCUGUGCCUGUUUAAUUUGUUGCUGCCAGUUAUUGGCAACACUUUUCAUUAAAGUACGAAACUGCUCUGGUGACAACUUUUCAUGCAACCUGUUUUCUUCUACAAAAUUCUUCCCCGAGAAAAUAACCCUUACUACCAAUUGAGCAGCCUUUCUCAUAGGGUAAGACUCGCUUAAUCUUUGCACUAGCUGCUCAUUAUUCGCUAAUAUUCUUAUUAUAAAACGGAAUACCAUGCUUUAUUUAAUAAUUAUUAUGACUUUUGUGUUGGAAAUGGGUACAUCGAACGGUACUUCUGAAGUAAGUCUUGUUUCAAUUGAAGUUGGGUUUUUAAGGCUUCCAAAUGGUUUAAUUGUUGUUCUUUGCUAUAUUCUAUACCAGGA